CAGCUGACUUCGCGUUUCGUAUUUGAAUCGACGACAUCCCUCCAUCGCACGUUGUGUCGUCGCCGGCAACUUCUCCUCGUCACCGUCCCCCGCCAACGUACCUGUCUCAACACUCGACCCCGCCAAGACCCCCGAAGACCCCCGAAGACCACUGAAGACCACUGAAGACCGCUGCUUACCUGCUACCCCAAUCGCUAUUCAACGCCCACCAUGGCCCAUACCGCCCAUAAGAACCCCCUGAAGGAGAAAUUCGAGGCGCCCGAGGUCAUCGAUCGCAAAGCCAAGGUGCUGGCCGAGUUGAUUCGAAAGUCGAAGCAUUUCAUCGUGUUUACGGGUGCUGGGAUAUCUACAUCUGCGGGCAUCCCGGACUUCCGAGGCCCCGAAGGCGUUUGGACCCUGAUGGCCCAGGGGCGACAAGCGACAAAAAAGUUUGUGGACACGUUGCAAGCAAUACCAACGAAGACGCACAUGGCCCUGGUCGAACUGCAGGAGAGAGGGAUACUGAAGGGGCUUAUCAGCCAGAACUGCGAUGGGUUGCACCGUCGAAGUGGGAUACGCGCUGACAUGAUCUCGGAGCUCCAUGGAAACACCAACAUCGAGUACUGCAAGCAGUGUGGCAAGGAGUUCUUGCGCGACUUCUACGCCGUAGCACCUGAUAAUCGACCCCUCCACGACCACCGCACCGGCCGCAAAUGCCCGGUCUGCAUCACGCAACCACUUCAUGACACCAUCAUCCACUUCUCUGAAGACCUACCUCUCGCCCCCUGGACGCGUGCCGAAGCACACUCCGAGAAAGCCGACCUCUGCCUGGUUCUUGGCUCUUCCCUAACCGUAACACCGGCAAACGAACUACCCCAACUUGUUGGCGAGCGUGCCGCGGCCCAGCAAAAGAAGAAACCGAGGCAGGACGUAAACACGAAUCUCGUCAUUUGCAACCUUCAAGACACCGACCUCGAUUAUCUUUGCCUGUUACCAGACCACCGGAUAUAUGCAAGGGCAGACGACUUGAUACAGCGAGUCAUGAAUUAUCUCGGACUUUCUAUUCCUGACUUUCGUGUACGACGAAGGCUGAUUGUGGAAACAGACCUCGAUGUAACCCCUGCAGGAGGCAGGCAUGUGGUCACUGUUAAGGGCGUGGACGAUGAUAACACCACACCUGCCAGCUUUUUGAGGACCGUCAAGCUUGUGACAGCCCGGGGGAGGCCACGUAUUGUCAAGACUGAGCCCUUCAUUCUUGGGGGGAGGGGCAAGAUUGGAGAUUUGGAGGAGGAGGCCUUACAGAGUGGUGCUUUUGCUGGGGGAGAUGAGGCUGCCGUCAUGUCGGAGGUACUGACACUGGGUUUGGAAUUCAUGGGCAACUACGGCGAACCAAGCUGUGAGUUACAGCACAUUGUACGGGCGAGCAUCCCACAGUCCGGCGCUGCAACACAACAGCCACGCCAGGUUGCUCGUACUGCUUACGAACUUGUUUACAACCCACGUAAUGGCGAGUGGGUUAUCGAGUGCUUGCAGAGCAGCAUGCAGGUUUAGACAGAGCAAUUCAAUGACACUUGUCCUCCGAUUUUUUUUUUCGAUUACCUACUACCUACACUAUAUAAAGUCCAGGUCGAACCCCCGUUUUUUUUUUUCUCAUUCCUCUCGAUCUACACUGCGAACUCGAAGUCCAAACUGCUUUCAGAUAUCAUAUAUCUUGCCAGCAUUUUCAUCUACAAAAACCCUUCGUCAGGUCCACUCUUCUCUUUUUCUCUCGACCCAUUUCUCUCCAACCCACCCAGCAACGCCAGUUAACCGUUGCAUCCCACCUCCUCGCCAACGCAACCAGAAAAAAGCAAAUUUACGACACAAGUCUUAGGAUACUGAUCCUUAACCUCUGUUUCCUUACCAACCUCCCACUCCUCUUAACACCCUUCCUCCUCUCUCUCUAUUUUCUGGUUCCCCUUCCCUGCAACCAUGUCCGACAUCGAUUAUCUGGUGGGCACGGUCAUCGCCAACUAUAC